UCUUGGCUGUUGUCAUGGUUACAGUCUAACUUUGAUCAUCAGUCGUCUUCUUGAAGUCCUCCAUCCUCUGUGUAGUUCUGGUGUCUGGUUUUCGGUUCAUUCUUGUCCCUUCAUCUGCUUUUCCCCUUUUUCCGGUAAUGUCUGUAUUAGUGCAAAGCAUUCUGGGAAAUGGGUGGUUUCAGUACAGUGGUGGAGGAAAAUGUUCCAGAUGGUGGACACAGAAUUCAUGAGGAUUAAAACAUUGAUUAGUUCUUUCUCAUCGUUUCAGACUUUGGUGGUUUGUCUUUCUGUCUUAGAACCUUUCUGAUCUGUUUGGGAGAAAUGUAAAAUAAUCAGGUCCAAUCACAAACUGCUCUGAACUUUUCAACAUUGUUCUCCUGAAACAAUAAUUUCUCUCAUAUUUCCUCAGAAAAGCACUUUGUGGAGAGAUUCAGCAGGGAGCUGAUUCAGGAAGUGACGUUCAUGGAAGCCCUUUUCAAAGCGCUCCUGAACAAAGGCGUCAUCACGCCAGAGCGGGACAGGAACAUCAAAGCGCUGCCGACCAGGAGGAAGAAGCUGAGCGCGCUCCUCUGUGAUGACCUGCAGGACGAAGACAAGAAGAACAUCUUCUUCUCCGUCCUGAAGGAGCAGCACCCCGACCUCGUGUCCAGACUGGAGAGGAGUUAAAUGCUGGGAUGAAACCGAAGGAUGUUUCCACCUGUGGAAAACAACGAAACAUAAACGCAGCUUCAAUGAGAGCAGAAAAAGGAGGAAAUGAGAUGAAACCCAAACAACAUCUGAACGUCUGAACGUUCUACAAUCUAAGCAGAGAACUUCGGAAAUCCGUCACAAUCUGUCAACAAUCGAAUAAUUCCAUUAAGGACAUCGAAUCCCAUUCACUUCCUAGUUUUACAGAAAUCUUUGAGAGUUUUUUGUGUUGUAUUCUUUGUCUAAAAUAUAAAAUCAACUUUUUAAAAUACAUUUUUAAAAGAAGUGACACAAAAACAAUCCAGAAUGUUUUCUUUUUGGACUUUUUUUAAUGUUUUUGUUCAAAAUAAUAACAAUAAACAGAAGUGGGUGGAGCCUAUUGGCCCCCAUGUCCAACGUUCAAAAUGUAUGAUGGACGGAUUUCAUGUAGCCUGCUUUCAAGUGGCAGGGGGUGUGGCCUUUUCUGUUUAAGAACAGAAGUCAGGGGUUUCCUUAUGUAUAUUCUAAAAAACAUAAAAAAUGAAGAGAGAAAAACUUUAUUUUUCAACCAAAGCAAAAAAGAACAGAUGUUUGCUCUAACAUCUCGUUUUUCUACCAGACAAUGUCAGUUUUCAUUAUUCAUUUUCUUGUAAAUCUCUGCUGAAAAAAACUGAGAGGAUCAUCAUGACAAGAGGGGGGAGGGAGGAGGGGGGUCUUUGACUGACCCUGGGCCUUAAAAUCUGUGAAUCCGCUCCUGUUUUCUGCUCUUUUGCUGGAAACAUUAAACUUUUUUCUUUUUCAUGGUAGACUGAUGUGAAAAUGUCACCUCUAUUAAUAUAUAAAAGGUGAAAAAGAUUCUAAAAGGAUAAAUAUUUCUGUUCUAAAAAUCACCGCGCGCGCAGAUUGUUCUGCUGCUCCGAAACAGGCGGGAAAGACAGACGUCUUCUUCCUCUUCCUCUUUCGGUUUGCAGUAACUUCUAUCCAGCUCCGUCUGGGCUUCACUGACGAGACAUGGAGUCCAAAACCCCCAGGAAGCUUUUGGCGGAGACGCUGGAGGAUCUGACGAAGGAAAACUUCCAGAAGUUCGUCCAGGAUCUGGUGGACCGCCGGCAGGAGCCGCGCGUCCGGCGCGGCAGGGUGGACGACAAGAACUUCUUGGUGGUCGCAGAUGUGAUGGUCUCCACCUUCACGGAGAAAAAGGCGCUUUUGGUGGCCGCGGAGAUCCUCAGGGGGAUCCAGUGCGCGGCGGAGGCGCAGCAGCUCCUGAAUGAGGCGGGAAUAUCUUCAUCUUCUGGUUCCGUCUCAGGGAAACACUUUGUGGACGAACAUUUCAGCCAGCUGAUCGACAGAGUCACCUGCGUUGAACCCAUCCUAGAUCAGCUUCUCCAGGAAGACGCCAUCCAGCAAGAGGCUUAUAACUUGAUCAGAUCGAAGCCCACCUCUCAGGCGAAGAUGAGGGAGCUCCUGGAUCACCUGAGGGCAAGCCCCGCCCACAAGGACAUCUUCUACAACAUCCUAAAGAAGCAGCAGAAACACCUUUUAGAAGACCUUGAAGGAAACAGUUAAAACAGGUUUUAGAACACGUCAGACGUGGAAAAAAUGAAUAAAAUAUCAUUUCUACUGGU